CCUGCCAUACCACAGUGAAUGGAAAUGAUUGUUGUGAGUCAGUCAAAUGUGUUAAGCAGCAGAGUUCCAAUCAGCUAAAGAGAGUCCCGGGAAAUUCACUUAGAAACACUCUCCCCUCUGACAGAUUGAGUAAUCCAUGUCAGGAUCUCGCUGGAUAAUAACAUCCAAUUCAUCUGAACAUAUCCGUGCUACCUUUUGCCUACCCGUGCAGCAGCAGACAUGCAUGGUUCUGAGGAGAGUGCAUCUGGAACUGUGCUUCAUAGGCUUAUGCAAGAACAUCUCCGAUACGGAGAAAACGACAGUUCUCAGAUGCCAAGCAAACUUGCGUCUACAGUAAACCUAUUCCUUCAAAAUGAGGGUCAAGUAGCCCAUUCAUAUCAGCUUAUGCCCCUGCAGUCACAGUCUCGACAGGAACCUCAAGGUCAGGAGCAUCAAGUGGACAGCAGCUCCAUGGAAAAAGCUGGUGGUGUGAGCCAGGGUGCAGGUAGAGCAGUCCAAGCAGCCCAGAUUUUGUCUGGGUUUGACACCCUGGAGCUUCCAUUGUACAAGGAGGCUAAAAUCCAGUCUCAGCUUUACAGAGGACAGCAAAGUCCGAUGGACCCUCAGUCCCAAAUCCCUGGCCACAACCACCAGAGUCUUCAAAAUCCAGAUGACCUUUCAAACAAUUUUCAACAAAAUCAGGACCAGAACUUACACAAAGAGGGCCAUAAAAACACUGUCCACCAAAGUCAGCAGCAACACAACUCGGUUCAGCAGAUACAACAGUUGUCAACAAUGUCUGACAGUCCCACAAGCUCACGUUCCUGUCUACCAUCACUUUCUAACACAUACUCACUCUCUUCCCCUCCUUCUCUUUCGUCUCCUUACACCUCUCUCUCAGCGGUUCCCAUGAAGGCGCUUUUGGAGGGUCAGUCAUCGGUCCAGCCAGGAGGCACUGGUGGUACAUUUCUUUGUGAUGAAGGUCUGGCAGAGUUGAAACAGGGUCAUGUUCGCUUUCUAAGUGAAAGGAUCAUGCACCUCAGUCUAGAAUGCAGUGAAGCUAAGCAAUGUUUAGGACCAUCCAAUUCAUCUUGCACAGGAGACACUACUCUUUGUGGGGCUGGUAAUACAGCAAAUUCUCUCUCACUAACUAGUAAGACCUCCACGAGUACCCUACAACUUCCACCACCACCCUUAAACCCUCCACAGUGGACUUUGGAUCAAACAGGUCCUCCCCCAGAAUAUCCCUUUAAAUUCAAGUUACAGACUAUGACUUCGCCUACAUUAAACCCCAACUCGGACUCUCUGGAACAUGGUCACUUCAACAGUGAUACCUUGACAGCAGCCAUGUUGGAGACAGUGCCACUUAGAAAUAUAGCAAGACAGUGCCCUUUGUCUACAUCACAGCACCAAACACAGACCAGUCCCAUGACUUCUGAGACUUGUAUCCUACCCUCACAGGCUUAUCAGCAACAGUAUCAGGCUAUAUCCCUUUCUCAGUCCCUGGCAUUUCCUCCGGCACAGCCUGGAUCUGUGACUCAGUUUUCUUGUGUGGCCCCUUUUGGACAGCCUUUCCCAGGGGAAACAUUUGCCAUGGUAAGCCAUGCCAAGCAGAUGCUGGAGAACCUAAAAGAAGAAAACCAAAGACUUAGACAAGAACUUCACAAGCAAAAUGAGAAGGCCAGCAAACUACAGAGGUUGGAGGCGGAGACUGUUCACCUGUCAGAGGCAUAUGAGAGUUUAGUGAAGAGCUCAUCCAAACGGGAUGCUCUGGAAAAAACCGUGAGGAAUAAACUAGAGGCAGAGAUCAGGCGUCUUCAUGAUUUUAACAGAGACUUGAGAGAUCGUUUGGAAACAGCCAAUCAACAGCUAGCCAGUCAGGAGAUGAAGGGACAAGAUGACGGACACUUGUAUCUUUCACAGAGAAAAGAAAGCCUGAAAGAUCUGGAAAAAUUAGAGAUAGAAGCAGCCAAUCUCCAAUCAGCCAAUGAGGAUCAGCAACGACACAUUGAGAUCUUAGAGCAGGCUUUAAAUAAUGCUCAGAGUAAAGUCCUCAAACUAGAGGAAGAGUUGAGUAAAAAGCAGAAGUAUGUGGAGCGGGUGGAGUGGUUGCAGCAGGCACUAGCACAACUCCAGAUUGCAUGUGAGAAACGUGAGCAGCUGGAACAAUGUCUACGUACUCACCUGGAGAGAGAACUGGAAUCAUUGCGAACACAACAGCGUGCUGGUGUAGGUGUUCCCCUUAUUGUGUGUGAGUCCAGUGCUCCUGCACUACUGGAUCUGCUAAGGGAGAGAGGGGAAAGGAUUCUGGGAUUGGAGGCUGAUAUGACACGAUGGGAACAGAAGUACUUAGAAGAGAGUGCAAUGAGGUCAUUGCACGCACAUGCACGUUUACACAGACAUACAACUAUAAUCCAGCAUUCUCGCAGUGGCAGUUACAGCGACAGCUCUCUGUGGCUGCAUGAGGAUGAGAACAGAAUCCAGAGCAGUCGUCACUGUCAGGAAAUGGAACAAAGGAUGAAGGACUUACAUGCUCAGUUGCUGGAGAAAGAUGCCAUGAUUAAAGUCCUACAACAGCGUUCCCGUCGAGAUCCCACUCCUCUGCGUCCUGCCCGCUCUGUGCCCUCCAUUUCCAUAGCAACUGGACUACACACACGUCACUCAUCACAGACCGAUCACAGAGAUGUUCUCCUGGGAAAACAACAAGCAGAGCACAUCCUUCCCUAUCUGCCCUCUCUUUUGGUCUCUGUCUCUUCAUCUCUCCCUGCCUCCUCUCUUCCUCCAUCAUUCUCCUCCUCUCUACCUUCCUCUUUUCUUCCCUUCUUGGCCUCCACAGGUUCAAACACAUCAUUAAUAACCUCAUCCUCCUGUGUUCCGCGUUCCAGCACUUCCUCUCUCCCUUCCUCUUCUUCUUCCACAUUACCCUGGCCCUCAUCUGGCUCUCUUCAGCCUCCUUUAUCAUUCCCUCUCCCCUUCACUCCUCUCCUGUCUCUUCAUUCUAAAUCUGCCAGCAGAGACAGCGGCAGUCAAACAGGACUUAGUCCAAAGAUAUUUAGUGCUGCAACCUCCACAAUACAAGAAAAGACAGAAUCCAGCCAGGCUAAAGGCCUAGAAGUUCGAGGACAGAAGAUGCCCCUGCCUGACCUAGAUCUGGUGGAGAUCCUUAUCUGAAAGAACAACCCUGGAAGUAGCAUUCUUACAGACAGGACAGCGCUUAAGAAAGAGUGAGGGAGUGAAGAACAAAAUAUAAGACAGAAAAAGAAAGGAAGGCAUAAAGAAAAAUAUGUUGUAUAAUGUAAUGGAUCACUUACAACAGACAGACAGAAAGGAGAGAUUACAGAAAGGGAUGAAGGAAUGCAGUGCAAAGUAAAAGCUAGAAUUCAGUAUUAUGCCUCCAAAAUACUGAAUUUGAUAAUUGAUUGUAAUUUUAUUUCUGUCCAUUUUUUA